AUGAGCAAGCGCUCGGGCAAGGCGUCGGCCAGCAGCGCACGUGCUGCGUCGACGUUUGGCAGCGCGCCCGUGCUCGGUGGGAGCUUUGGGGGCAGCAGCGCAUCGCAGCUGUCGUACGUGGCCGAGCCGCCCAACCUCAGCGCGAUAUCGGACCCCAAUGUGGUCGUGUACUUCCGCAACCUGUCGAAACGUGACAGCACCACCAAGGCGAAGGCGCUUGAGGAGGUGCAGGCAUACGUCGCGGCGCUGGCGGAGCCCGUGGAGGAGGGUGUGCUGGACGCAUGGAUCGCCGUCUACCCGCGCACCUCGAUAGACAACGCCAAGGCCGUCCGCCAGCUGUCGCACACAGUCCAUGGCCUGAUGGCGGCAUCGGCCGGCCGCCGCAUCGCCCGCCACAUGCCCAGCAGCGUCGCCGCCUGGCUGUGCGGGCUCUACGACAGCGACCGUGCGGUCGUCGACGCCACCCAGAAGGCGCUGCGCCUCGUCUUCGCCACGCCUGACAAGCUGCAGAACAUCCGCAAGGCCUACCAGCAGCCCAUCCUCGAGUACUGCCGCGACGCCGUCACCAAGGAGACCGUCGCCACCCUGAGUGACGAGCGCACCGUCGGCCCAGACGAUGCCCAGGCCAAGUACAGCCGCGUCGUGUCCGCCUGCGUCGCCCUGCUGGGCAGUCUGCUGGCGAACCUGGCACCUGAGGAGAUCGCCCGCUUCCAGCCCGACUACGACGCCCUGCUGGCCGACAGGAAGCUGUGGGACUUUUCCUCGCACCCGGACGUCGCCAUACGGCGCUCGCUGCACCGCCUGCUGAAGACGUGCCUCGCCAAGCAGCCCGCCGCAGUCAGCGCGAACCUCGAGACCAUCGCCAAGGCCUACCUCUCCGUCGCCCUCAACUCCGACCAGACUGGCUCCGCGUACGACUACAUCGAAGCCCUCAUCCAGCUGACGGCCGCCCACCCGACCGCAUGGACCGAGCACUACAAGAGCAAGACGGCCGUGGACCGCCGGCUCCGGCAGUUCCUGAAGAAGGGCUCGCAGUUUGGCCCACAGGAAUACUGGAGCCGUCUGGUCGACCUGUUCAAGGCACUUCCUGCAGACGUUCUGCCCGCCCACGCCGCCGAUGCUGCAGAGCUGCUCAACGCCCUCCAGGCCGGCAUCACCAGCAAGAACGAGGCCAAGUACAGCCAAGACGCGGCAUACACUGCGUACUUGGACAUCCUGGCGCUGGUCAGCACUCGCUUAUCAGAGGGUGACACAGUGACAUUCAUCCAGGAAAUGGCCUUGCCCAUCAUCAGCCAGUAUCUGCGCCCCUCGGUGGAGACGUCACAAUGGAGCCUGCCCUCGAGCGCGAGCGGCCUUCUGGCCAAGGCGUUGGAUGUAGAUGGCGUUGCAGUUGCACUGUCUGGACAGUGGCCGCAGUAUGCGCAGCGCUUGGUUGAUGACAUCAAGACAUCUGCGCCAGAGCAGUCGAAAGACUACGACAAGUCUCAGACAGCCGUACUGCAGCACGGCACACGAUAUGCCACGUUGCAAGAACAGGCCCUCAGAGUUGGCGCGACAUCGCCGUUGACGCAGUCCAUCAAGACCGCCGAGUCAUCCAUCUUUGACGAAGCUCUUGCGGUCGUCAAGAACAGGAACGGAAAGCCAUACGGUGCUGCGGGCACAAUCGCCGCACUCUUGUCUUGUAACGAGCAGCCUCCUAGCGAUACUACCGUCCAGCAGCUUGAGCACUUUGUACAGGAAGAUUUGCCCGCCAUCGUCCUAUCACCGUCCUCAACAUAUCUGGUUGAUAUUCUGUACUCCUUCUCAGAAUCGGCAGUCUUCAAGGGCGCGUGGAGCGCGUCACUUAAGACGGUUUUGAAAGCAGACGACUCCUCGGUCAAGACUAAGGCGCUCGAAGCGCUACUCACAUCCUCCAAGAUCCCAGCAUCUUUCGAUCUCGCCACGUCUGAUGCCGAGCUACAGAGCUUCGUCAAGUCCAGUGUCCACGAUGCCGUAGAGGGCUCGCUGGAGUGGGACUCCUUUACGCGCAUUCUUCAGUCACAAGCUAAGAUAUUGGCCCCAGAGACCACCGACCAUAUCCUCGCCUACUUGACACAGUCGCUAUCCAUAUUGCAGCAUGCGCCUUACUCGCUGCAAGGCCUGCGCCAUAUCGUAAAAUCCAAUUCGUCCAUGCUGCGAGAGUAUGCCGCUACACCAAAGGGCGGAGAACUUCUCCAAGCUUUGUUGCGUGCGUCCGAGUCUGCCAACGACGAGAUUGCACAAGGUGCAGCGACUGUCAGCGCAUCGAUUCAAACAGUCUUGGCAUCCGAUGCCGGCACGCAACACUCGAUACACGAUCUCAUCCACCAUGGCCUACGAGAGGCAACGCCAUCUUCAGUGUCGGUCGAGACCUUGGUGGAGCUGGCCGAGAAGUCAUUGAAGCGCGCCGAGGUCUGGGAAGAAAACGCGAACCUGUUCCCUAGCAUCGACGACUGGAACUUGGCUCUGGCGCCAUUCCUUGAUUCUGCCCCCAGAUCCGCGCUUGCCAUCGCCAACAGCCUUUAUGGAGCGGUCUAUCUCGUUGACCCAGCCGUAGCAUCUGCUGCUGUCCAAAAGAUGAGCCGUGAUUCGGACGGCUACUCUGCAGCAUAUCGCAUCGCACAAUACGUCGCUAAAUUGUCGCGAAUCCCUCAUUUCAGGGUACAGACUGCACCACUUGAGGUGCGCGAUGCAUACUUGCGUAACAUUGCUCUCACUGUUCAGCUCGUCAAUGACAACCUCGGUCUUGCCGGAGCGAAUGGGCUCUGGACCGAUUACAACACUGAUACCGAGAACGAUGCAAUGUCGUUCAAGUCUGAUGCUGCAGGCUUCACUACGCAAGAAUUGACGGGUGUCCACGGGUCGAUGUCUUCGUUGGCAAAAAGUCCAAACGAGGAAAACGCCUUGUUGACCUGGGCUCAAGGCCUCCUCGGCCAGAUCGACGCUGGGUCCUCGACCCAAGCGUACUAUCACGCACGCGCCUACAGUUCUCUGGUAUCAACAGCCAUCAUGUUCCAUGGCUGGAAGAGCUCAUGGACCACUUCAGUGCAGGAAAGCCUGAAGAUCGUUCGGAAGACCAAACAGACCAUUCCUCUCCUGGCAUAUCUCACUGCCUUUGACGAGCCACUUGCUGCGUCAAAGUCUUGCGAGCGUAUGUGCAACGAAAUUAUCGCGGACCUCACCGGCCUUGACAUCGAUCUGAAGCCGCAAGAAGGGUUGAGUCAACUGGUCGUUCUCAACACAGUACUUGCCCAGGACGGCAUCACGGAGAGCAUCGCCAAGCAGCGUCUUGUCUUCUUCGUUAAGCAUGUCGUGCCGUGGCUGGACCCUGCCCACGGAUCAGUGGAGAUCAGGGCUGAGGUCUGCCGCGCAUUGACCGCUCUACUGCCGUUGAUGAGUGACAUGUAUGGCGAACAUUGGGGGGAUAUCCUCAAUGCGCUUUCAUCAGCAUGGUCAGGCACGACUGAGCUGCAAAGCACUGAAGCCGAAGCAAGCAGCCCCAUCCCGUUCAUACACGCCUCCCUGAAGCUAUACGAGCAGCUUCGCAGACUCACCGAGGGGGAAGAACCGAACGACGACCUCCUGGAGGGCUGGAACGAGUCGGAGCAGCCAGUAGCGGCAGGGCUGAUCAAUCUACUCAAGCACUCGCAGCACUUUCCGGAUGAAUUUCACCAACCUUUGAAGAUGGUCAAUGAGGUCCUCGCGCGCCAGAUUGCCAAAGUACCAUUGAAGCACCUCGACUCUGCGGAAGAGCUUUACCCACUGCUGUACGUAGAAUCACAGCCCGUCCAGCAGACUGCUUUCGAUAUCUUGCACAAACAGAUACCAGCUGCGCAAGAGCAGAUCUCAAUCGAUGCAGCAUUGUCGAAGACUACAGCCCGUUUGCCUGAAGAGCUCCUCUCGUUGAUCAUUGAGGCGCCCACAGUUGCCGCACUAGCCGAGGUCAACUUCGAUCGUGCUGUUCCACUCUCUUUGAGAGGAUAUCUCCUCAGUUGGUUGCUUGUCUUCGACCACCUCGAGCAUGCAUCCUUCAAAGUCAAGAAUGACUACAUCGACCAUAUCAAAGAAGGCGAUCAUCUCCCCGGUCUUCUCGAUUUCACAUUCGACUUCCUCGGCCACGCACACAAUAAGCCGGUUGACGUAUCCAAGCUCGACGUCACAACCUACACUCCCACCACCGAGUUACCAAAGCAAGAUACCCAAUAUUUACUCACACAUCUCUACUAUCUUACACUCCUUCAUACGCCCUCACUCACAAAGUCCUGGUUCAAUGCGCUGACCAACAAGUCCCGCGCCGUUGCCGUCACCCUCGAACCAUGGACCGAGAAAAAUAUCUCGCCGCCCGUCAUCAACGCAGCGCUCGAGAGCGUAACAGCCUGGGCCGGCACAGAGACGGACGACACGUUCACCGUCAGGGUUGCGCCGCGCGCCCGCGAGAUCACCGCUUCAUACAUCCUCGACGAGCAGACAAUGUCGAUGCGCAUCGCGCUCCCUCCGGCCUUCCCGCUGGCCAACGCACACAUCGAGGGCCUGAACCGCGUGGCAGUCAACGAGCAGAAGUGGCAAUCGUGGCUGCGCACCUCGCUCGGCGCCAUUACCAUCUUUAACGGUAGCUUGAUUGACGCCCUGUCGACGUGGCGUCGGAACGUUGAGGGUGCGCUCAAGGGUCAGACCGAGUGCGCGAUCUGCUACAGCAUAGUCGGGCCGGACAGGAAGGUGCCGGACAAGAGGUGUGGAACUUGUAAGAAUGCGUUCCAUGGCGCGUGUUUGUUUAAGUGGUUUAAGAGCAGUGGCAGCAGUAGCUGUCCGCUUUGUAGGAAUCCGUUCAACUACGGUUGA